UAAAAAAUCCUCCCAAGUCCUAAAACCCUAACGACCAGAGAUUCGAAAAUGAAACGUUCAAUCUCAAGAGCGAUUUCACUCUGCUCUCGCAAUGUUUACCCCAUUUUGCCCACCAAUCAAACCCCUAUACGCUUCCCGUCACUACGACCUCCACCCUCUUCAAUUUUGAUGCACUAUCGGUUUUUCACCUCCGAAAAUCCUAACCCUAAUUGCCCGAUUCCUGAGUUAGAGCCGGAGCAAUUCGAAAGGGUGGCUGACACCGACUGUAAUGAUUCCCAAGACCUCAGCAAUGAAGCAUUGAAGAAGAGGAUAGAGAGGCUAAUUGAAGGAGAUGGGGAAGCAAUUCCCGAAAUAUUUGAGGUCAUAUUGAAGAGGAAGUUGAGUGGGAAAAGUGAAGAGGCAGAUGAGGAGCUGAUGAAAGAUAUUCGGAGCCAUCCUCAACUUGAUCGGAUUUUUAGUGACAAAGAGUUUGACGUAAGUGAUGAAGAUUAUGAUGACAGUGGCAAAGAGGAUGAAUCAGAUUGACUGCAAUUCUGAAGAAAGAAGUUGUGCAUUGAUAUAGAAUGAAUUAUCUAUGUAUUCCUUAAAAGAGGUAACUGCUUGUUGGAAAAUUGUCAACUAAAUGUUUUGGUAAUUAUCUUGGUUCUGCUAGAUUAUAACAUGGAAACCCAAACUGUCACCUUUGAUGCUAUCUGAUGAACAUCCUUUAUAAAUCUGGAUGGCCAUAGUUUCUGA